UGUGCUUUGUGAUAACGUCUUAAACGCAAUGCAAACCAUUGACCUUAUAUUUUCAGCUGCCGAAGUCAUAGCUUUACUGCUCCAGGAGUUACCAGCCCCGAGAACGUAUCUGUACCCCCAAACCUUCGCAGGUCUAUCGUAUAUCAUUGCUAGCGGAUUUUUAGCGGCAUUGUGGAGAAGCUUGCGUCAUAGAGACUCUGAUAUUCUAAUACGCAGGCCACCUGGUGGUGUUGAUUUCUAGAGGGUUGCUUGAAAGCGCUACUCAAACCAUGGGUCGCAAGCGAGCGACGGUAGUUACCAUGCAGUACCCACCUGCUGGUCAUACCCACCUACCGGUCAGCGGAAAAAAAAAUUCCCCAUACAAAAUGCACUUUUUUAACCUCAUGGGAAAAACUUAAUAAAAA